UCCUCGGCACUCUCUUAGUGGUUAAGAUGAGCGCGUCUUCCCAUUUGACUUUCACUUGCUUGGAAGUAAAACAGCUCUUGUUUAAUCUUCCUGUCUGGAUUUUUAUUGCAGGCAGUUUUUAAGUGAAACCUACUGACAGAACAAGCAGUGUAAACGUCAAGAGGAUGUGUUUUUUCUACGCUUGCAGAAUUGCACAGCAGCAUACUUUAAGCAUGACUUAAGUGAAAAAGGAAGCAGAACUAGAUAAUACUUGCUAUAUACAGUAUAUAUGUGUGCGUGUGUGUUAAUUACAUGAACUCAUUUUAGCUACCUUUUUUUUUUUUACACAUCUAAAGGAUUCGUUUUCAUUUUUCAUUAUCAGAGAAGCUCUUUGGAAAUCAUGAAUGUCUUCAGCAGACUCUGGGCAAAGUAGCUGCUUAACAGUAGUGGAGAGUUUAAAAACAAGAAAAGCAUCCUUUUAAAAGUGGCUACAAACUGCUGAAAUGGGCUGUGGUUUGCCUAAACUGGAAAAACAAGAUGAGAAUAGCCCUGGCAAAAUCUAUUCGACACUUAAAAGGCCACAGGUAGAGACCAGCGUGGGGACUUCAUAUUCUUACUGCUUCUUUGACUUUACAGUUGGCAAGAAUGAAGGAAUUAUUGGAUCCUCAGCAGUCCAGCUGUCAUCAAUGAAGGACCUCCCACAGGAGCUGCUAGAGUUGUACAGCCAGGGCUUCACCCUUGUAGCAAUCCACCCGUUUAUUCAUCCUGCUGCUGCAAAACAGCACAUUCUGCAAGGACAACUCUACAGAGCGGUGCUCUCCAAGACAUCAGACAGUAACACGGAAUCCACACGAAGCCCAGAGUCCCUGGAAAUAGACAGGUGUCUGUCCUCAGACAGAUUUCCUGACAUUGAUUCCGUUGAGGAGUUUAUUAAGAACGUUCAGGACAUUGCAGAUGAUGGUGUUAAAUUUAUUGGGUUCAUUCAAAAGUGUUCCUCCUCAGAUAAAAAUGAACUAAAACAAGGUGAUGAAGAUUAUGCAAAGACUGAGAAAAAUGAAAAAAUCAAUGGCAGUUCUGAUGAAGACAAAACCAACAGUGUUUUUUCAUCAGAUGGCAAAGAGCAGGACAAACAAAUAAAGAGGAGUUCUACAGAUGAUAUCAGUGAAGUCAAAGAUAAGGAUGAUGACACAAGAAGUGCCAAGUCACAGUCAGAGACCUGCAGUAUAGACGGACAUUUAUGUGCCGAGACCGGUGGAGAAAAUGAGUCUGAGCAGGAGACCGAGAAGAAAGACAAUAGUGCUGAAACUCCAAACAACAAAACAGAACACGAUGAUGAACACAAUUCAAAAAAAGCAGAUGUUCAAAUGUUCACUCUUUUCAAUAUCCCUGUAACCAAGCAAAAGGCAAUCAAAUACUACACGGACAAAGUGCCCCUGAAAAUCAACCAAAAAGGACAGAGCUUCAGCAGUAUGGAGGCAAACUGGUUGGAUCACCUGACCCAGCACUUCACUAACGGGGCCUUAUUGGUUGAUGGAUACUUCAGUUUGGGAGCAGAUAACGACUCAUCACCACAAAGCACAGAAGUCAUGUUCAUCUUUCAGGAGUCGGACACGGACACCACAUCUGUUCAAGCUUAUGAUGCCAUUGUGGUGGAGCAGUGGACAACUUUUGAAGACAGCGAAGUGAAGACGGACUACAUACCUCUGCUGAAAUCACUGUCAGCAUAUGGUUGGAGGCUGACCUGCGUGCUUCCCACGCCAAUAGUAAAGACAAACAGCAAUGGGAACAUAGCAACAAAGCAGAUUGUUUUUCUUCAGAGACCUUUCCUGCCACGAAAGAAAAAAGAAUCCAGGAGGUUAAGCUUUAAACCACGAAACAAGCAAAACAAAAGCUCCAUUAAACACUCUGCAGUUAAAAAGCAGAAAGAAAAUACAACCAUUGCAGCAGAAAAGGAAAAUGAAAACCAGAUCAUUACAAAUUGCAUAACACCAAGUAACAAAGACCUGCAGGAGAACUACUGGAAAGCUAAUACGGAAAAAGAGAACAAGGCCAACACCAAGGGAGAACAGCAGAUGCAGCAGGAGGAGUCUGCCCAGGAUGAGGAGCCAGAAUCACACUCUUGCGUUAUGAAAAGCAAGGGAGAGGAGAGCAGCAGUGGUGACUGUGCAGACGCUACAGAGGUUCAUGAUGAUGAUGUUGCAGAUACGGCGCAGGACACCUGCGAUGAAAUCAGUGCUGACUAAACACAUCAUAACCACAUUUCUAAGACAGACCAAACCAGCCAUUAUCCAAAGUGUCGCCUUUGCAAUCAGCUGUUGGCUGGUAAAUAUGCGUGUGAAUAGCUAUCACUAAUGACAAAAAAAUCAAGAUCACACACAGUUGACUUUUGGGGAUAUGAAUGGUGUUACUGGAAAAACAGACAGAACGGCAACUAUGAUACACUGAAUGAAACAGCAAGCAGCCAUGGCCGUGACUCGAUCCUUUUAAUUACUUCUGGUACAAAGCCUGGAUUGGACCGCAAUCAUAUCCACUGCAAAAUGGUGACUUUCCUGAACAUUACAAUAUGUGUAUUUUAGGGCUGAGAACAAUUUAAUUCAAGUCAUUUCUUAAAAAUGUGUCCAAACAGAGGUAAACCCUUCAUCUGAUUUUGUUUUGUUUUCUUUAUUUUACCAUUGUAGUCAAGACUUUGAAACUCACUGCAGAUUAUGUCUUUACAACUGUCUGACUUAUUUUCCCCUUGUUUUUUGAUCCCACAUAACUGUCUAGUGUUGUUUAACUAGAAGGGAGUGUUUGUUUUGGGACCAUGAGUUUAGAUCCAUUGAGGAUCAUUAAAUAUGUUCAAAGUAGAAUAUUGCUGUAUAACUUUACAGGUUCUAUUACUCAAGAGAUCACUCAGAAGCUUCUACAACAAUCAUACACUUUCUGCUUGAUUUGCUGACACGGGACCACAGAGAGCAUGAGCUGAACCUCAUCUCAGCACAAUUUGGCAGAUGCACCAUUUGCCCUGGAAUGGACAUGCGACUCUGCUCACUAAUGGAGGGCCAAUUUAGAAACGGCAAACCACAUAACAUGUGUAUCUUUAGGAUGUGGCAGAAAACUGGGGCACACCACAAUUUUAUAUAUUGGUAUAAUCCUCAACUAGGUUACACUUUCAGGCUUUCUCUGUGUCCUUCGCUGUGUUUUGCUUAUUUGCUAAGUCAGUUUGACCACUCACUUUUCUUGCAUUUUUUUUUAAUUAAUAGAAAACACUUAAGUUUAAAUAUAUAAUAAGGAGUGAAUAUCAAGAGGACGGAUCAAUAUAAAUAACAUCUUCUGCCCUUCCCUGAGUGUAAUGAAUGAUAAAGAACAAUAGAACCACCUCUUCCCCAACUACCACAAGGUCAUAAAAAGACAACACCUAGCAUAAGGCAUCCCAUGUGACACCUGGUGCUUUAAAUAAGAACAAUGAGUAAUACAUAUAAGAAAUAAAAUAAAAAAAUCUUUCAUUCUGGCUAUACCCAUCUGUUUCUGGUUAAAACUGCGUCCUCAGUUAAGGUGAGGUGUGACUAAGGCUACAUUCACACUGCAGCUAAAAGUGGCAUUUUUUUUUUGUUUGACUGUUCCAAUUAAUUUUGAAAGUGAUUUAAUUCCAAUAAGAGUGUCUACAGACAUGUAUCAUGAAUGUGAGCCAUAUAUGCAAAAAUUAUUAAAAAUGAGACCUAAUAGGCAUCCUUGAACAACAGUAGCGUGCUAUUUCACAUUGCUUUCAGUGCAGGAAGUUGUCAGCUCGAGAUGGAAAGAAAGAGAAGCUGCUUGGAGCACAAUUACCACUCCCAUAUAUGUGAACCUGUGGAUAUAAGAUUAGAUCCAGACUGGUGAGAGUGACACGUGGAGGGCUUUGAUGCAAAUCCGUGGUUUCACAAUUUCAUAAUUGUUCAAUUGCUUAUGUCAACAUCUGUCCACAGAAUUCACUCAGAAAAAUGCACACUUUCUGUCAGAAACAAUGUAGCAAUCAGGCUGUAUUGGCUGGUGAUAAACAAAACACACAGACAUUGUCCAACCUCUCUAGAUGUUGGUGAGUGAUCAGUGUGUUUGUUUCACUAUGACUGCACCAGUGCCUUGUGCUAUAUUGCAAUGCUGGACUACACAAGGUUGCCUCAAGAAAAUUACCUUAGGAUGUCUUAAUUUAGACAAUUCAAGUAUUCAAAUGCAGGUCAGCUUGUCUGUAUUGGAUUUAGUACCACAUACAAAACUGGUCUAAAUCCAAUAUGAAAAAUGUAUAUUCCAUAUGCAUUUUUUGAUGUCUACACUUCCCUAAAACUAUCUGAUCUGAUAUAAAAUAUGACUGAAAAAAUCAGAGUUCCAGGUGACACUGACAAGAGAAAGAGUGUCACCACUCAAGCAGUGUCCCCACUUCUGCAAUUUUUCAGCAGUUAAGAGGAACUUACUGAAAACCGUACCCAAAAAGAGAAGUAACAUCUAAGAAAUAAACAUCAAGUAGCAGAAUGGGGGGAAAGUGGGAAAGUUCAAAAGAGCACCAGAGUACAGAAGCAGAAGAACUGAUCUGUUAGUGAUAGCUUGCGAAAUUCACAAUAGGUUUAUGUGCUAAAUGACCAUUAGGGCUUCUGAAGGAACAAGGCAACUUUUUUAAAUACCCGGUAGUCUGAACAGAACUGUUCUACCACCCCAGAGUGAUAGGCAAAAUUCUAGGAUACCUAAUUAACCUUUUGAAUUCCCUGAAAGCCUAAACUUUAAACUUGGGGAGGGUCCUUAAAAAUAAAUUUUAACAACAUGUUACGAUGUUUUAAAUCACGUUACUAGGUUUGUGAGAAAAUAUGACAGUAGCCAGCAGACAGCUCAUCACAGGCAGGGAGAGAAGGAAACAGUCUAUGAGUGUUUCACAGGAUAGGUGGGACUAGAUGCUUGAGUGGUAGCAGCUCAUCUUUUUGUGCUUGCCUUGGUCUCUGUGAUACUGUUGUGCGUAACAGUGAAUAGCAGAAAGUGACUGAGACUGCUGAUACCAUGGCACCGACUGUUUGAAUACUGCUUUACUAUCCAAUUUUCUUUUUAUUCUGCCUUAACUAGAGCUACAGCUCCAGUCUGUGGCAGGGUGGCACACUGGUUCACUGCAGACCAUUUCAUUUAUCUGCAUGAUGAAUUAGCUAUUAUAGCUUUGUACAAACAGCAUCUAAGUGUGUAAAUCUCAUGAAAAGUGUCAGUUGCUGUGAUGCUAGUCAGAUAUACAGGGUGGUGUGCCUUUUGUUUGCAGGUUGCUAAUCCAGGUGUGGUGCAAGUCGUCUACUUAAGAUAUGCAUAUCCUAGGUGAUGCAUUUCUCCUUAGAUAAUUGAGUGUAUUUUCCAUACUACCUGAACAAGACUGUAGGACACAGCCAACACUGUUCCACUAACGCAACCUGCUGAUUACCAAGGGGUAUUUGACAUACUGCACAUCAUGUUGUGUAGAUUGUUCCACUCAUUUCAUGUAUUAUGUCUCUUGUUGUAUUCCUGUUGUGUUUUUAAUUCUUCAAAAUAUCAAGCUUGAGUACCUCUUCUCAUUUUGAUGAUCAUUUAUGAAUUUUGGAUAUUAAUUCAGAAUUCUUCAAAAAUGAAGCUUUUUCUUAAAACCAGACCUUCAUUAUUUUUGUUUCAAAUACAAAUACUGUACAUAUCUUAUGUUCUAAAAUUUCUGCACUACUGGUUCUAGGUUUGCAGUUUUUGUCAUCUGUUACUAAAAGUCAGGAACAUGAAGUUUUGCUUUGGUUAUGAUGUCAAAUGUCCUUGUUUUAUAAAACCAGAAAUUAAAUAUUCCAGUAUAAUUUG